AUGUCUACACUGCUGUCAGUUGGUAAGACAAGUCUGCUGUCAGUUGGUAAGACAAGUGGAACUGUUCCGAAGAUACCACUCUCUAUUUCCCAACAGACUUAUCUACAACCACCACUACAACAGACAGUUCGUAACUUUAGUGUUUUAAAUAUUGGAGGAAAUUGCACCAAAACUAUCCGAGGUUCAUCUUUCAACUUGUUAAAUACGGACCGUAAACCAGAAAUUAAUAUCAACCAAGUACGGAAUUAUAAAGUAAAAGACCUGCUACGACUUCGAUGUAGAGCCUGUUAUUUUGUUAAACGUCGCGGUCGGUUAUAUGUUGAAUGUAAAUCGAAAGGACGCCAUAAACAGAUGCAGAAAUUAGCGAAAUGGAAGUUAUAUAAAGAUGACUACUCAAAGGGGAAUGUAGUGAGGGCUGCGUUUUGGACGCAUCAUCGUGAUCGCUAUUAUAAAGUAGGAGAUAAAGAUGUUGAGAAUUUUAAUUGGUUUGCUGAUAAACUAGGAACAACUGUAUAA